AUUUUUUUGGGUACACAAUCCUGCAGGAGAAAAUGUUGCUUAAAUUAGAAAAGGGUGUGGGAAGGUGUGUUGACAUUUUGAUAUUCCAAGUGACAAUAGAGGAGGUGAGUGUCUGAAUGUUCACAGUGGGAACACACCCAAAACCUGACGUUCUACGUGUGCAACAGUCAUACAUUUAUGCAACACCUGUACAGUAUAAAAAGAGCAGCAACUCUGAUCAGGUUUAGUAUCACCAUCGAGGAAAACACAUCUACUGUACCGUUCUGUUCAUCAUGAUGAAACUGAUCCUUUCUCUGACUCUAAUCUGGGCACUCUCCAGCAAAGCUGGAGCACUUGUGUGUCAAACCUGCAGCGAUACAGUGUGUUCAACCCAGACAGCUGUGACAUGUACUUCAGAGACGAUGUGUGUAACAGCUAAUAUUCAAGCCACUUCAUCUGGAGUGACGGUGCCACAGAUCUUCAAGGGAUGUGCAUCUUCAUCACUGUGUCCAGCCACAGGCUCUCAGACAUUUUCAGUCAACGUGGGUGCUUCCAGUGCAGUUACAUCUGCUGAGUGCUGCAACACAGAUAACUGUAACACAGCAACUUUACCUGCUCCUGCAACUCCGACAGCCAACAGCCUACAGUGUUUCUCUUGUACCGACCAACUAUGCAACACUCCGUUGACAUGCAGGGGAAACGAGGACCGAUGCUUUCGAGCGAGUCGUGAGUCUUUAAGAUACAGUACAACACAGAUUGUUUAA